GUGAACAAUGUACGCUAGCGCCUUUCAUAAAAUUAGUCCGUGAUCCCAACAGAAUAAACAUUCAUCUGCCUACCUACUACUACUACCUACCUUGUACAAGUACCUAACUGCUACUAUUUCUUGCAGAGUCGGUGAACUUAUAUUUGGUUAAGAUCUUAAAAUACAAUGGAUUCAGCAUUACGUGAACAAGUUAUGAUAAAUCAAUUUGUGCUGGCAGCGGGAUGCGCUCGCGAACAAGCUAAACAGUUACUUCAGGCUGCUCAUUGGCAAUUUGAGACAGCUUUAUCAAUAUUCUUUCAAGAAGUUGCAAUACCAUCAGGAGCAAAUGGUAUUGCUGCGCAACAUUACCACCAGCAAUUAAUAACUCCGUGUAACACUCCGGCGACGCCACCAAACUUUCCAGACGCAUUAGCAGCGUUCUCUCGGCUGUCGACGACGGGCAGCCCGAGCAACGCCGGUGGCGGGGGCAGCACCAUGGCGCCGCCAGUGUCCCCGCUCGCCACACACCCGCCGCCGCACAACCAGCAUACUCCGAUGCAAGUCAACACCUUCCAAAGUCCGCCCAAUCCGCAGAAUAAUUACGCACCGCUUUCCUGCUCAACUGCAGUAUGCAGAGAACAUAUGCCAAGAUAAAUUGAUAGUGACAGGUUAGGACCGUCUAUAAUUUAUUUUUCUAAUGGUGCGCAAUGUGAGCUGUGGACUUGUGAAUGUUUCUUUCCGGACACCCCACUGCACCUUGUUUGCUGGACAAUAUUUGGGGUGCUAUAGUCAAUCAUGUUAAACAUUAAAAUAUUCUCACUGUUUAUAUAGUGGUUUAUAAAACAAAAUGCACUAUGUAUAAAUAUGAAUUGUGUUACAGUUUUUGAUACCUAAUUGAAAUCUUUAUUGCCUGUGAUUAAAAAAAGUUUUGGUAUCAAUA